UGUGUGGUGUGAUUGUCAGGGCGAGGUGGAGCAGAUUGCCAUGAUGAAGCCCAAAGGACAGACGGAGCACGAUGAGGGCAUGCUGGAGUACCUGGAGGACAUCAUCGGCUCCUGCCGUCUCAAAGAGCCCAUCAGUAUCCUGUGCCGGCGGGUGGAGCCCCUGAACGAGCAGCGCGGAGAGAAGCUGAAUCGAGUGAAGCUGGUGGAGAAGGAGAAGAGCGCUCUGGAGGGAGAGAAGAAUAAAGCCGUGGAGUUCCUCAGCUUGGAGAACGACGUCUUUAAGAAGAGGAACCUGCUCUGUCAGUUCUACGUGCAUGAUCUACAGAAGCGUGUGUCGGCCAGAGAAGCUGAGAAACAGCAGAUUCAGGAGGACACGAAGGACCUGAGUGACAAAAGCAGCCAGCUGACAGAAGAAAUGAAGAGCAAGAACGAGGAGCUGAAGGGCGUGGAGAAGAAACUGACCAAGCUGACCAAGUUCAUAGAGAGCCAGAAGGAGAAGUUUACCCAGCUGGACCUGCAGGACGUGGAGGUGCGCGAGAAACUCAAACACACCAAGAGCAAAGCCAAGAAACAGCAGAAGCAGCUUCAGAAGGACAAGGAGAAGCUGGAGGAGGUGAGGAGCGUUCCUGCGAGCAGCGAGAAGAUCAUCGCGGAGGCGUCUGCUCAGAAGGAGGAGCUGGAGAAGAAGAAGCUGGUGGAGGAGCAGAAGCUGGCGCAGGUGAUGGAGAGCCUGAAGGAGGAGACCAGCGGCCUGCAGGAAGAUAAAGAGAAGAGAGAGCAGGAGCUGCUGGAGCUGAGUAAGACGGUGAACCAGACGCGCUCACGGAUGGACGUGGCUCAGUCCGAGCUGGAUAUCUACCUGAGUCAGCACAACACGGCUGUGAGCCAGCUCAACCAGGCCAAAGACGCUCUGCAGGAGACUGUGGACACGCUGAGAGAGAGGAGAGCCGCCAUCAAAGACCUCAACGCCAGGAUACCCCCGAGUGAGGAGCAGCUCAAGAAGGACGAGCAGGAGCUGGAGCAGAUCUCGGAGCAGGACCAGCAGAAGCGGAUGCAGGUGGGAGACAUGAGACAGAAGGUGGCUGAGGCCAAGAGCUCUUUGUCCACCAACCGCAGCCGCAACAAAGUGCUGGACGCCCUCAUGCAGCAGAAGCGCUCGGGGAAGAUCCCGGGCAUCCUGGGACGGCUGGGAGACCUGGGAGCUGUUGAUGAGAAAUACGACAUCGCCAUCUCCUCCUGCUGCGGCUCGCUGGAUAAUAUCUUAGUGGACACCAUUGACACAGCGCAGAGGUGCGUCACGUUCCUGAAGACCCAGAACAUCGGUGUGGCCACAUUCAUCGGUCUGGACAAGAUGAAGGUGUGGCAGCAGAGCAUGGGCUCCAUCUCCACUCCGGAGAGCACCCCUCGUCUGUUUGACAUGGUGCGUGUGAAGGACGAGAGCGUGCGGCCGGCGUUCUACUUCGCUCUCAGGGACACGCUGGUGGCCAGAGACCUGGAGCAGGCCACGCGGGUGGCGUUCCAGAAGGACAAGCGGUGGAGGGUGGUCACGCUGCAGGGGCAGGUCAUCGAGCAGGCCGGCACUAUGACCGGAGGAGGAGGACGAGUGAUGAAGGGCAGGAUGGGCUCCUCGGUGUGCGCUGAUGUCUCUCAGGAGCAGCUGGAUAAGAUGGAGAGCGAUCUGAACAAGGAGCUGACGCAGCUGCAGGACUGGCAGCAGAGGAAACAUCAGCUGGAGGAGAAGGUGCACAGAGCCAGACGUGAGCUGAGAGACAUGAAGAAUACGCUGGAGAAAUACACCGCCACCAUCCAGAGCCUGACGGAGCAGGAGCUCCAUCUCAAGACUCAGAUCAAAGACCUGGAGGCCAAGGUCAUCUCCGCCGCUCCUGAUAAAGCCAAGCAGAAGCAGAUGGAGAAGAGCCUGGAGCUCUACAGGAAAGACUUCGAGGCAGCGUCCACUAAAGCAGGGAAGGUGGAGGCGGAGGUGAAGAGGCUGCACACGCUCAUCGUGGACAUCAACAGCCAUAAGCUGAAGGCCCAGCAGGACAAACUGGACCAGAUCAACACACAGCUGGACGAGUGCUCCUCAGCCAUCACCAAAGCCCAGGUGGCCAUCAAGAUUGCUGGACGUAAUCUGAAGAAGUCCGAGGACAGCGUGUCUCAGCUGGAGAAGGAGAUGGGAGAGAAUGAGAAGCUGACGGAGGAGCUGACGGAGCAGCUGAAGAAGCUGGAGGAGGAGGCGGGAGAGAUCAUGCAGACGUACCAGCAGGCCGAGGAAGCGCUGCCGGAGGUUCAGGAGCAGCAUCGAGGAGUGCUGCAGGAGAUCAAGGCCCUACAGGAGCAGGAGCACGCGCUGCAGAAGGAGUCUCUGAGCGUGCGGCUGAAGGUGGAGCACAUCGACACGGCCAUCGCUGAGUGCCACAACAAGAUCAAACACUGGGAGAAAGAGGCCAGCAGGCUGUCUCUGCACCCCAUCGAUGGAGCUCCAGAAGAAGAGCUGCCUGCACUGAACCCAGAGCAGCUGGAGGACAUCGGCAAUCCAGACCUCAUCAAGAACGAGAUCGCUCUGCAGGAGGACCGCUGCUCCAACAUGAAGCCCAACCUGGGAGCCAUCGCAGAGUUCAAGAAGAAGGAGGAGCUGUAUCUGCAGCGGGUGGCGGAGCUCGAUGACAUCACCACACAGAGAGACGCCUUCAAGAGAGGCUGCGAGGACCUGCGCAAGCAGAGGCUGCACGAGUUCAUGGCUGGAUUCAACAUCAUCACCAACAAGCUGAAGGAGAACUACCAGAUGCUCACGCUAGGAGGAGACGCCGAGCUGGAGCUGGUGGACAGCCUGGAUCCCUUCUCCGAGGGCAUCAUGUUCAGUGUGCGUCCUCCUAAGAAGAGCUGGAAGAAGAUCUAUAACCUGUCCGGAGGAGAGAAGACGCUCAGCUCUCUGGCGCUGGUGUUUGCACUGCAUCACUUCAAGCCCACGCCGCUCUACUUCAUGGACGAGAUCGACGCCGCCCUCGACUUCAAGAACGUCUCCAUCGUGGCCUGCUACAUAUACGAGCAAACCAAGAACGCUCAGUUCAUCAUCAUCUCGCUGAGGAACAACAUGUUUGAGAUGGCCGACCGUCUCAUCGGCAUCUACAAGACACACAACACCACCAAGAACGUGGCCAUCAACCCCAAAACCAUCGUCCUGCGGGAGAUCGAGACGGCGUGAGGAGGCCAGAUACUCCGUCAACACCUCCUUUGUUCUGAUGCUUUGUCUGUUCCUUUUAUAUGUGUCUCAGUCGUUCUGUGCUCUUGCUCUUUUAUCGUUUUUAAAUAAAAAUGCCUGUUUUAUACUACAUAGUAUCACACGGAAUAUUAUCAUGCUUUUACUGCACUGCAGUUGAAUAUUUUAAAUAAACAUUAAAUUUGG